AUGAUGCUCCCGGCGCUUGUAAGCAGCUCUCUGAGCGUUGCGAGGCGCGCCGUACCGCGCUUCGGGACCCGCGGUUUCAGCGGCCGCCGGGCCAGGCGCACGGUCAACAGCCAGAUGACUCCGCAGCAGCAGCUUCUCUACCAGCAGAAGCUGAAGGAGAUGCAGCUGGCGCAGAUGCAACCUCCUCGUAAGCAGGGAUUCCUGGACAUCAUAAAGGAAGGCGCGAUGCACGGCAUUGGCUGGGCCUUCGGACAGCGCCUGGUCGACUCCAUCCUGGGCCCGCGCACCAUGAACAUCGGCGGAUUCAACAACUCCAGCAACAGCAACGACCAAGUGGGCGGCGGCAACGAAGGGGACAACAUGCCCUCCGGUUCGUCCGGUUACAUGAACGAUUCCAACGAUGGCUCCUACUUCGACGAGGAAGGUGGAGACAAUUCGGGCUGGAGCUGGGGCAGCGACUGGUUCAACGAUGAGGAGUGA